AUGAGCAUGUUAUUCGUCGUCCUGUUCUUCGAGUCCAUCAUCUUCCCCACCAUUGUGGCGCUGGGAAUGCGUGGCCUAGGUAAGUAUAGCAAGAGGGGCAGCGGCUUUAUCGUCGGUGGUGUGGCGGGAGGAGCCGUUGUCCCUCCGCUGUUGUUUGCCGCGGCAGAUUCGCAGGGAGCUACGAACUAUGUAACUGGGAAUGCGCCUACGGCCAUGGCCAUGACGGUCCCGUUGGCAUUCUUUCUCGCGGCGUGUACAUAUCCCAUUUGCGUCAAUUUUGUGCCGGCGUAUAGGGAUGUGGCGGAUAAGUUUAGUACGGCGGAGAUUGGAAUUGUGAAUACGCAUGCGGAUGAUUUGGAGGGCCAGGGGGUGAAGAAGGAUGGGGAGUUGCAGGAGGAGGUUAAGGCUUAG